CGUUAAUCCCCAUCUCUGUCUUCUUCCCCUUCAGAUUUCACUAGUUUAUGAGUCUACCCCAAAAAUUCAUCUAAUUUGAUUUUCAAUUCCUUUUUCUUCCCAAGUUUCUCCAGCCAUGGAGUCCGCAACCUGGUUCGCCAUCAACAAACCACCGCCCAAAAACGGGCUCCGUCGAAACAAAAGCCCAAUUGAUUUUGUCAGGAACCGGGUCGGGUCCUGUCCGACGGGUCUGCAAAAGGAAUUUUCUCCAUUUCUCACGCGCUGCUCGGCAAAGCAGGGCGCGAACAAGACGGACGAGGGGUUAUUGUCCGCAGAGCCCGGAUCCGGUUCGAGACCCGACGGGGAAGCACGACCCGUACCCGCCGUGAGCGAAUCGUGUUUGUAUCCGGGUCCUUCGUUCUCGACGGGUCUGGUCUUGGAUUUGGGUCAUCCGACCGCGUGGGACGGGGUCGAAAUCGGGUCGCCCGUGGUGAAGCGGUACCUGAGCGACGAGGAAGAGAGGUGGCACAUGUGGUACAGCGGCAGAUCCGGGAAGAAUCCGGGCUCGGAGUCGAUCGGGUUGGCGGUUUCCGGCAAUGGGGUCCACUGGGAGAGAGGGGAAUCCAAGGUGGGGCCCGCCGGAGGCGUGGGGAUGGUGAUGAGUUGCAGCCAAGAAUGGUGGAGCUUCGAUACACACAAUAUAACCCCCAGUGAGGUUCUGGUAAUGUCCAGCAACAAAGUCCACAGAUCAAACGGCGCCGUUUACUGGCUCUACUACACGGGUUCCGGUGGAGUGGUUCCCGGGAGGAAUCCCCCGGGUUUUGAUUUCGAAAACCCGGAGAGGGCGUACUUACCCGGGGGAGCCAAACAAGGCAUAGCGAAGUCGUUGCCCGGGUUAGCCAUAAGCCAAGACGGAAGGCAUUGGGCACGGAUAGAAGGGGAGCAUCAUUCCGGGGCCCUGUUGGGCCCCGGGGAAGAAGGCGAAUGGGAUUCGCUCUUCAUAUCCUCGCCGUGCGUCGUUCCCCACGGGAACGACGGCGGCGACCUGAGGAUGUACUACCACUCAUUCGACGCCGAGAGCGGGUGUUUCGCGGUCGGGAUGGCGCGGUCGAGGGACGGGGUGAGGUGGGUGAAGCAGGGGAGGGUCAUGGGGGGAGGUGGGGCGGGCGCAUUCGACGAGAUGGGGGCGAUGAACCCGAACGUGGUGAGGGAGAGGAGGAGCGGGCGGUACGUGAUGGCGUACGAAGGGGUUGGGGCGGACGGGAGGAGGAGCAUCGGGGUGGCGACGUCGGCGGACGGGUUGAAGGGGUGGAGGAGGGUGGUGGGGAGCAGCCCUGUGUUGGAGGUGGAAAAUGGGGAGUUGGGAGAGGAGGAAGGACUGGCAUUGGGUUGGCUGUUUGUGAUGGCUCUCAUUUUCAAACCUUUCAAAGAUGGAAAGGGUUUCAUUUUUGAGACUUUUGGCAUUAGAUUUCAUUGUGUCAUAGUCUAUUUCGAAGUUUAACUCCCUAACCCCUAAUUCCUCACGCUGAGAUAUUCAAUUGCUCGAUACUUUAGUCAAGAUUUUGACCAAAGUAUCAACCAAAAUUCAGAGUGUAAUUGGAUAUUGUGGAAAUGUUAAUAAUGAAGUGUUGAAGAA